CUUUUCUUUUCCUUCUGACAAGUUAAACUGUUAGUUAAAAUUAUAAAGUUAAAACUGAUCUACACCUUUUCAGCGUGUCCCUUUAAAAAAUAAACGCUCUCAUCUUAAUUGAAUCACUGAUUCCCGACGCCGAUAUUGAUUACGGUACGAUAUAAAGUUUCACUUCACGUGUUUCAUGUUCACUAAUUAGAAAUCUGACUUUUUACUACAAAAAAUAUAUAUUUUAUUCAUUUAUGUUUCUUUCACCUUUCACUUUCUUAACCUUCAACUGUUUUUUUUUUUGCGAGAAAAAGACCUCAUUCGAUUUUUUACGCUUACAAAUUUUGCCAAAUACUUUUUCAAAACAAGUAUCAUAUGAUUGUGAAAAGUUUUCAAGUAUUGACAUCGAUUAGCACCAUGCUGUGAUAAAAUUGACGAUAAUCACCUACGCUCCUAAGCACAGAAAACCCCCCACUUUACGACCAGUUAGAACAGAUAUAUUAUUGGAAACGAAUUUACGACUCGGCUACCAGAUUACAGUAAACAACAGAACGAAACUAUCCGUUACUCAACGACGAUUAGAUUUAAUGAAAUAUCAAUUUUGAGAAAUUUUCAAUGUUAUUAUCCGCUUUGGUUUUUGUUUCAAUCAAUUUUUAAGAAAUUUUCAAAAUAAACUUGAUUAUCAUUUAAUCAUACACGUGUCGAUGCAAUAUUAUGAAGCUUCAGACCUUUAUAUCAGCUUAUAAUAUUUUUCUUUUUUCACUUUUCAGGUUAUAUUCAUAGUACAUUGUCGUUUAAACACCUCCUUACUGCAAUUAAUUUGUGUUAUUUUUAAAAAUUCAAUGGGCAAUUCAUUGGAGUUUAAUUUGACGAUGGAAAUCUGUUUACAUUGGGUUUUGACGUUGGGUCUCUUAUCACAUCAAACCACUUCUUUAUACUUACCAAUUCACGAAUCUCCCGCUAAUUUUCUGGAAUUGUAUCAUCCAAACCACCCCUUCGAAUGUCCCCACUACAUCGCAUUUGGACGCAUACAACACAAUGAAUGCACUUCCAGAUAUUUAGUCAGCGAAGUUGUAUGUUCCGGAAUAUGUUUGCAGGUGCCGUUCUCUGCUGACUACUACAAUGUUAUCUACCAAGGUCGCAACCCCUUGGGUCCAAACGGGAAACAAUCCACAUGUGUACCCGGAAGAAGUCUAACGAAACGCAUCGAAAUGAUAUGUCCAGAUCAGAAGACUUACUGGACUUCCAUAAACUUGACACAAGAGUGCAAUUGCGCUAUGGCCAACAACGGAACCAAUUUAUUCGAAAGAGCCAAGAAGGUUUUGUUCAACUGAUGCAACCAAAAACGGCGUGAAAACUUUAUAAAUACGAUUUUACUCUUUGGCUCUUGCUGGAUCCAAGCCACCUUCUUGCCUAAUAUCAAUCCAAUUCUAGCUCAUCUAUUCAAGCUUCUACUUUUUCUGUUUCAUUUCUCCCUUUAGUGACUUCAGUUUCGAACCUUGACCCAUCGGAGAAGUUGUACUUAAUGGUCUGGCUAACAUGCCGAAGAAUUUUUGAAGACUGGUCAAUGAAAUAAAUCUUUAUUCGGAACAAGUCGGAACAAAGGAUGUCUAUCAUGAUACACGAUGGCAAUGUUUCAUACCAGGCGACGAAAAAGAUAAAUUCGUUCUCGUGAACCAUUUUUCGAAACUCAGCGGCGCUAUUUUGGGCAUUCUAAAUUCUAAGCUUCUGUCAUUCAGCUCUCAGAGCAGUAUUCGUCGACCUUAUUUUAGAGUGAUUCUUGCCACCUAGCUUCUUUCACUUUCAAAACUUGCGAAAACUAGAUAAACUAAUAAUUUG